GUUAUUACCGGGGAGAGCUGCUGGACUGAGCGGCAGGACCGUGGCUCCGGUGCAAUGACAGCAUCCAAAGACCCGACCAAGAAGAAACCGAAAGAGGGGCAACAGGAUGAGGAGUUUGUGGACGUCAGCCCACCGCAGAGGAACUGGAAGGGAAUCGCCAUCUCUCUGCUGGUGAUCGUGGUGGUCUGCUCGCUCAUCACCAUGUCUGUGGUCGUCCUCACACCCGUGGAGAUCCCUGACAACAGCAGGUCCAGGCUGACUGUGGCUGAUCUGUACAAACCGGAGUUCAGCGUUCACGACCCCGAGGCCGCUUGGAUCAGCGAUUCAGAGGUGGUGUACAGGAACCACGACGGACACGUCAUCAAGUUUAACUUCGCCUUGAACGAGACGGAAGUCAUUCUGAGCAACAGCACGUUUGUGGCUUUCAAGGUGGCAAAGUACUCGCUCUCGGCGGAUCUGAAGUACGUGCUCUUCGCUUACGAUGUCAAACAGGUGUACAGAUAUUCCUACACAGCGUCUUACAUCGUUUACAACAUCUACACGAGGGAGGUAUGGGAGCUAAACCCGCCAGAGGUUCACAACGCAGUGCUCCAACAUGCAGCUUGGGGAAGACAAGGACAACAACUGAUCUACAUAUUCGAGAAUAACAUCUACUACCAGUCAGAUGUGAGGAGUAACUCUCUGAGAAUCACCUCCUCUGGGAUGGAGGGAGUCAUCUUCAACGGACUUGCAGACUGGUUGUACGAAGAGGAGAUUCUGCAUUCACAUUUGGCUCACUGGUGGUCGCCUGACGGAGAGAAACUGGCGUUCCUCACCAUCAACGACACCCUGGUGCCCAACAUGGUUCUGCCCCAGUUCACCGGCAACACCUACCCCAAAGGACUACAGUACCCAUAUCCUGUGGCCGGUCAGACGAACCCUGCCGUCAGGUUGUCGGUGGUCAACCUGUUCGGAGCGACGCACACUCAAGAGCUGCAGCCUCCGGAUCAGCUCAGGCUCAGGGAUUUCUAUGUCACCAUGGUGAAGUGGAUCAGUAAUACUCACCUCGUGGUGCGGUGGCUCAACCGGCCCCAGAAUGCUUCACUGCUGACGGUGUGUGACGCCACCCUAGGACUGUGUCUUCAGAGACACGAGGACUCCUCAGACUCAUGGCUCUCCAGACAGGGACAGGAGCCGCUGUUCUCCAAGGACAGGAGCAGGUUUUUCCUCACUCUGCCCGUGAAACAAGGAGGUCAGGGAGAUUUUCACCACAUCACAAUGUUCACCAGAAAGUUGCGAAGUGAGCAGGACGAAGUUCGACACUUGACGUCAGGAGACUGGGAGGUGACCAAACUCGUAGCUUAUGAUGAAAACAACCAGAUCGUAUACUUUCUGAGCACAGAGGACUCAGCCCAACAGAGACAUCUAUACAGUGUGUCCACGCUCGGCCUGUUUCCACGGCGAUGCCUCACUUGUGGACUGAAGGAGGAGUGUUCGUUCUUUGACGCCGACGUCAGCCCCGAUGCACGGCAUGCCAUCCUGCACUGUAAAGGUCCUGGAGUUCCAGCUGUGCUGCUUCUAUGUUUUGAUGACGUGUACUCGUAUUUCAUCCUGGAGAACAACCUCCCUCUGCGGUCUGUGCUGGAGACUAAAAAGACGACCCAGACGGAAAUACAGAUGAUUAAUAAUGACAACUUUGAGCUGCCUCUGAAGCUCAUCUAUCCUCCUGACUUCUCUGAGUCUUACCUCUACGGCCUCCUCCUUAUUGUCGGCGGUUCUCCAGGCGACCAGGUGGUGACAGAAGAGUUCAGGCUGGACUGGGACUGGGUGCUGGUGGGAUCGGAGCAGAUCAUCGUAGCGCGACUCGACGGCAGAGGGUCGGGGUUCAGAGGUCAAAGGGUUUUACAGCAGGUCCAUCAGGGGCUCGGCACGGUGGAUGCAGAGGACCAGAUAGCAGCUCUGGAGUACCUGGCGAAGCUGCCGUUCGUUGAUCGCACUCGAGUCGGGGUCUUCGGAGAGGACUACGGAGGCUACCUCACCCUCAUUAUGUUGAAGUCCACAGAGAAGCUGAUCAGAUGUGCUGCAGCUCAGGCUCCUAUCGUCGACUGGUCCAUGUACGCCUCUGCGUUCUCGGAGAGAUACCUCGGCUCACCUUCAACCGAGGAAAGCAAAUACCAAGCAUCCAAAGUCCUGCUCAACAUGAAAAGUCUGCACGAAGGAACUCUGUUUCUGGCUCACGGCACUGCUGACGCAAACGUUCACUUUCAGCACUCGGCAGAGCUCAUCAAACACUUAAUAAAGAUCGGAGCCAACUACACUAUGCAGAUCUACCCAGACGAGGGACACUUCCUGUCGAGGCGCAGCCGGAUUCAGCUGACUCACUCCCUAAUUAGUUAUUUCAGAGGAUGUCUGCUUGACACGUCGUCAUUACUCGACCAACAAAAACGGGACGACGAGUGAGAGAGGAAACGUGGUCAAAGCUGGACCGUGUUGGUGCCCCUGGUAGAAUGAGUGUGUGUGUGUGUGUGUGUUUUAUAUGUAGCACAACGUUUGAUGGACAAAACAAGCUUCUUCUCAACAUAUCAGAUAUAGUUUCUAUGGCUCAUCGCCUCAGUAGAACGAAGCUCCUACAGUCAGCUCUGUUGUUGAGUAGCAAUGCAAUGUUCACCUGUAGAAUGGAGAAAAUGGAAAGCAAAAUGUGGAGGAGGAGGAGGAGGAGGAGGAAGAGGAGGUGAUGUCUUUGAUAACCACGCACAGUUUCCGUUACAUGAUGGUGAAAUUAGCACAAAUCCUGCAACACAGGGUUAAAAAACUGUAUUUCUCUACAGCAUUUAAUAUGCAUGAGUAAAUCAGCAACAAUCAUUAAGUUUGGACAAAAAAAACACAUCCUUAUUAUCAAUCAGUUCAGCUUUAUUUGUACAACACCUUUCAUGGUUUAUCUGAGAGUUACAUAUACAGCGCUGCUUGAAAGUGUGUGAACCUCCUGAGCAUUUUUCUAUCGUUUUACCAUUUUUGUCAACUUUCGUAGGGGCAAAAGGCCGCGAACCUGGAGCUGCGUUGCUUAAAACGAGCAGGUUAACACAAUCAGCUGGCACAGAACUGAUGACUAAAUUAAUUGCAACAGCAAACAGCUUUAUAAUGAAGGACUGCAGAGUUGCAGAGAUGCACUGAACUAUAACUAUAAUCGUGAAUCAUAUCGCAAUAUCUGCUCAAAUAGUUGUGACCAUAUCGUGCAGCGCUAUCCGAGUAUACUCUACAUAUCAGAGGAGGUCUGGGGAGAGCUUUACACUAUGAGGAAGACUCCCGGUUCACAAACCUUUGAGCAGCACUGUAGAACUUCUGAGGAUGCACAACAGAGAAAAUACAUAAUGGAGGGAAGGGAUAAGCAAAUAAAGAUGAACCAUCAUCAGAUUCAAAUGUUGCUAAAUCCUAUCCAUAACAUCUGUUUUAAAAAGUACCAAAACAUGACAAAGUCUGACGUUAAGGACAUUUUUGUGGCAUUGUGUUUCUCUCUUCUGCCUCCAGGAAAACUUGUUUGUCACAUCAAGCGUUGUAUAUAUUUAUGUGGGUGCGGCUUUCCUGUUUUUUAAUUAUGGUUGCGGGUCUGUUAUUUAAUUAGACUGCAAUAGUGCUAAACAGAUGUACAGUACUUUACAGUUAUAGGAUCUUUUUUUUUAUUGUCUCCUUGUCGGUGUCAGUGUUUAAAAUGAGAUUUAUUUUAUUUAUUUAUUCAUAAAAGUAGCCAACCAACUUUUUUGACACAUAAUUAAACAGUGGUGGGG